AUGAAACUCCAGAUAGUGUAAUUACAGAAUCUUAUCAUAUUCGAGGCAAAGCUUAUCACUAUGUUUUGGCAAAUAAGUCUACAACAUCUAAACAUAAAAGAGUUAGCAAAAAGGGUAUGAGUAAAAUAGCUAUGAACUCUUAUAUGCCAGCUUUAGAAGGGUCUUUGCUAGAUGAUCCAAUAGACAGGUCAUUAUUAACAGAGCAAGAAGCCAAUGAUUUGGCUAUGCGAACUGAGGCAGAUCUUAUGACUUUAGUUUAUCGAGACUGUCUUUUUGGUAAUGAAGUAUUCCAUGCUAAGAAUGUAGGUAUCCAAUCAAAAGACCAUAUAUUAUCUUUGGUUGAAUCAGAAAAGAAGGCUCUUUGCUCUAUAAAUACUAAGUGUUGGAUAUUAUCUGAUAAAAUAACUAGUUUCCCAUAUUGGCAUUGGUGUAUACAAGCAUAUAAAAAUUUUAUAUCAAAUGGAAUAUCUCCAGAGUUGGCUGAACAAAGAGCUUUAAGCGUUAAGCUCUCAAAGAAUCUUCUUACUCAACUACCACCUUCAUUAAUAAAAGCUAGAUGGAUUCAGCUUACAACUCGAAAAAAAAAUCCAUUAUCAGAAAGUGAAGCAA